UUUUUUUUUUUUCCUUUUUUGAAUUGGAAGUGAUGUGCUCAAGCCGGACUCUCCUUGGAUCGUGAAUGAAACGCACGUAAACAUUUUUCUCGUCGCUUGAAAAACGGAAAACAGUUUUGGCGACGGUCUCUUGGUUACGAAAGUGGAUUAUAUAAACAAUUUUUAAAGGACUGAUGAGAGUGCGAAAUCAGAAAAUAAGAGAAUAAGAGAGAAAAAUGGAAUGAAAAUUGGAAACAAUAGAUAGAGGACGAUAACUGAUCGUAUACAGUUGGAAAAUAAAUAAGAAAAUAAACAGACGAAAGACAAAAGAGAAAAGGAAAUUACUAAAUUCGCAAAAUAGAUAAAUAAAUAAUAGUAAUAAUAAUAAAAUAAAACUCUUGGAAAUAAACAAAAGACGAAGAAAACGGGAAGAAAAUAGGAAUCACUCCUAAAGAAAACGGAGAAAAAAAAACAAAAAAAAAAAGAAGAGAAUCGACAAGCGCGUAGAUCUUCCCGCCACCCCCCUCCCCCCCCACCACGCCCGCAAAUCGCUUGUGGGCGUGAAAAGGGCGUAGCCUUCCUUAUUUUACGCCCAAGCCAGUGACGCCCACAAGAUGUAUGCUGAAGCUGGGACAUGAUCUAUGUUGUUCAAUCAGAAGUCUUAGAGAAUUAUGCUCAGGCGGUGCGCGCGGGCGGGCGAUGGAUGGCGCAGGAAGAGCGCCGUCGACGUGACGCCGAGGUGUCAGCCUGGCCCCCUCCCCCGCCCCCUCCGCCGCCGGAGGACCCCUGGGGGGAAUGGGGCGAGGAGUUCCACCCUCUGGCCGGCGACGCUGAGGGCGGCUUCGACGACCACUCCCCCUGGAAGGUCAGCCCCUGGGAGGACUUCGACGACGAGGGCGGCGGCGGCGGCGGCGCGGGCGGCGGCGAGCCCUGGGAAGAGUCCGCGGGCGGCGCCGACGACUGCGGCUGCGGGGGCGCUCCGCCGCCCGUCUUCAACCUGCCGCCGCCGCCGCCCAUCCCCAAGCUGGUGCCGGAGGGCGAGGACGAGGAGGAGGGCUCCGGUUGCGACGUGCCGCCGCCCUCGGAGGCGUGCCCCGCCCUGCUGGUGGCCGGCGACGCCCACACGCGCCAGAGGCUGCAGCCGCCCCUGGCCGCCCUCGUGGUCGCCGCCGCCACGCUCACGCUCGUCGUCAUCAUCGCCGCCCUCGUGUGCUGGAGAUACAGAAGACAGCGUGGGCGUCGCGGUCCCUCCAAAUCCUCAAGCGACCUCACCAACGGCGUUAUCUACGAGGACCUGCCCUCUGGCCCCGCCCCGCGAGUCGUGCCCGCCCACUCGCAUCCGCAUGACACCCACACUCUCGCGCCCAUGGAGCUGCUGGACAUGAAGCUCACCUCCUCCCACGCCCACGCCACGUCGUACGGGGGCGCGGAGACGGGCACGCCCACGAUCCUGCAGCAGUAUCAGCCGCCCGUGUCGCUCGCCCCGCCCACCUACGCCCACGAGCAGCCCAGUUCGCCGCCCUUCUCGCCCGAGCACGCCUUCGAGGCACAGAGGUCGGCCAGGAGCUCGCAGGAACUCUACAACCCGACCUACGAGGAGAUCUCCACGGGUAGCGACUCCACCUCCGUCAGUAGCGCCAGCGUCAGCUCGGAGGGCGCGGCGCCGCCUCAGCCGCGCGAGCGCAUCGCGGAGGGGCCCGGCCCGCCCGCGCAGGUCCCGUGGGCGCCACAGGGCAGCUGCUCCUGUUCGACGCGGCGCUCGACGCAGGGGCGGCGGGGCGCGCGCGGGGGGCGGGCCCGGAAGCCGCGCCCGGCGGGCAGCGCCACCAGCACGGGCACGACGGAGGGCAGCGAGUACCACGAGGCCCUCCUGCCGCAGCUGGCGCCGGCGCACCCGCUCAAGGGCGGCGGCGUGCGGCACCCAGCGCUGCCCUACACCAUCCAGGGCACGAGCGACGGCCGCACGUCCACGUCGUCGUCGUCCGACCUGCCCGUCGACCGCAUCGUGGCGCCCCGCGAGCCGCGCUACUACGUGGGCCUCCCCGCCCACGCCCGCAGCCCCGCUACGCCCGAGGGCUCGUCGGGGACGCCCUCCACCUCGGGCGGCGAGCGGCCCUCGCCCACGGAGCGCGGGCUGCCGCCGCUGCCCUCACGCAGCGACCGCUACCGCAUCUACUUCACGACGGAGCGGCGGCGCGGCGGAGAGGGCGGACACCCGCCCGCGGCCGCCGCCCGCACGCUCGACCCCGCCCGCAAGCGGCAGAGGCGCCACGACGCCAGGGACACCUUGGAGAACGAGCCCCUCUACCACGAGCUGUAG